CAAAAAAAGUGUAAUUUUAAGAGGAGAGCUGUAGAGCCUCAGUUCAAAAACCCGCUCCACCACUUCGUCGGCUUCGAGAACUGAAGAGAAGAAACUGGGAGAAGUCGCGGAUUGUUUAUAUUGUAGAGUUCAGUUCAGUUUUACUGUUCUCCGUCACAGGUUCUUUUGAAUCUUUGCUCGGAUUGCUUCUGUGCCCUAGAAGAUGCUUCCUCUAUCUCUACUCAAGACCGCUCAAGGUCAUCCCAUGUUGGUGGAACUGAAGAAUGGAGAAACUUAUAAUGGACAUCUAGUCAAUUGUGACACUUGGAUGAACAUCCAUCUGCGCGAAGUCAUCUGUACCUCUAAGGAUGGAGAUAGGUUUUGGCGUAUGCCUGAGUGCUACAUUCGUGGGAAUACCAUUAAGUAUCUUCGAGUUCCUGAUGAGGUGAUUGAUAAAGUUCAGGAAGAGAAGGCGAGAUCAGAUCGGAAGCCACCUGGUGUUGGGCGUGGAAGAGGAAGAGGCAGAGAGGAUGGUGCUGGUGGGAGGGGAGCUAAAGGAAUUGGGCGUGGCUUCGAUGAUGGUGGUGCUAAGGGUUUGGUGGGCAGAGGAAGGGGUGGAUCAAGUGGAAAACCUGGUGGGAACAGAGGUGGAGGGCGAGGCCGAGGUUGAUACAAGAGAUCGGGGCGAGUUUGCUAGUUUUAAGAGGCAUUUUGCCCUACAUGUCUGAAAUGACCUGGUUGGUUAGCUUUUCGAGUAUUUACCUUGAUUGAGAAUCUGUACUAUUUUAUUAUUAAAUGUUGUUUGGCGCUCAUAGUCUCUGUUCUGCAACCCUCUAUUGUUUGAUUUUGUUGGAGGUUCUAGUCAAUUCUUGUUCUAGUUUACAAUUUUAAGAACAAAUUAUUUUCUUCUCUGCCAAUCCUCAUCAGUGUAUGGCGCUUUUAUGUAGAAAAUUUUGGGCUAGACAAACUGUCUUGUUGUUGA